AUGUUUAAUACAAGUCAUUUUCAAGGUGGAACAAUUACAUACAAAAUAAUAAAUACUUAUGGAUCAACAGUAUCUAUUAUGAUAACACAAACAUAUCUAUACAGAUGGUCAUUAGUUUAUUGUGAUAAUUCUUAUAUAUUAUCACAAAGCUCACCAAAUAUAAGUACUUUUAGUGAAUAUAAUUAUAAACUUAAUUGUGUGGCAAAUUGUACAACAAAAGGUGGCUAUAUAGCAGUACCAAUUAGACCGUAUUGUAUAGAUUAUUCAGCAGCAAUGUCUAUUAGUACUACACAACGAACUGAUAUAGUUAAUAUUACAAGUGGAGCCUAUUUUAAAGUUGCUUUUGUAUCAUCCGCUUGGCGAACAUUAAGUUUACCAAAAGGAAAUCCAGUUGACAAAGGUUGGAGUAUCUCAUGUACUAUUGAUCUACGUAUACGAUCGGAUACAGGCAAGCCAAAUACGCCUCCUGUUGCAAAUAUGAUGUCACCUGUUUCGAUUCCUGUUGGAAUUCGACAAUCACUAACUAUACCAACAAUUGAUAGUGAUAAUGAUGUAGUACGAUGUCGUUUUGCUAAUACAACAGAUGAAUGUUCGGAUGUAUGUCCACCAAGUUCUCUACCUAAUAACACAAUACUUAUAUCUUCAAAUUGUACAUUAUUAAUCACUGGUGCCAAAGUUAACGAUUGGUAUGCUGUAGCUAUUCAAAUUGAAGAUUUUAAUUCUUCAAAUUCGACUACUCCAUUAAGUUCUGUGCCAGUUCAACUUCUUAUCAAUGUAUAUGCUUCACCUACCUGCACAAUAACUCCUCAUCUUUACGGCUCUAAUAAUCAAACAGGUACAUGUAAAAGUAUACAAGUUGGUCAAUCACAUUCAAUGAUACUUUAUGCUGAAAAUUAUUGCUCGAAUUAUAGUGUUAUUAUUGAAGAUAUUGCUACUUUAUCAUUUCCAAUUGUAAUUAAAAGUAAUCUGAUACAGAAUACAAGUACAUUAUAUUCUGUUUUUUUAACAUGGACACCAACUACAAAGCAAAUUGGUUCACAAAUACUUUGUGCCGUUGCAAUUGAUAGUCAAAAUGUUCAAUCAAAUCAAUAUUGUGUUGCAUUCGUCGUUAGCACAAGUGGUACUCAAACAUGUCCUGGAGAAGUAUUAGAAACUUCAACAUCAUUAUCAUCAACAAUAAUAACUCAGGAAAUAUCUGAUCAAUCUUAUUCAUUUAUUGAUGAUCUUACAACGUAUAUGAAUGAUGAGCAAAGUUCUGCAGAUGACACAUCAUCAAUAACUAGUACCAUGACCAUCAAUACAACUACUUGUAAGUUCAAUAUAAUACACUAUUUAAUUAUCAUAUUGAAUCUCGUUAAAGCUUCAUCAUCGAGUUCACUAUCAUGGCUAUUACCUGUAAUUAUUGCUUUGGCUACAAUAUUGACGCUUUUAUGUUGUUUAUGUUUAUGUUGUCCAGCACCUUAUGGCUUAGGAUUAUUAUAUAGAAAACAUCAUCGUAAUGUAUCAUCAGAACUGUUACCUGACGCUGAUCGAAUUAAUGGACGACCAAGAAUUUACACGAUUUAUAGACGAUUCAAAAACGAUUCCAACAGUACUAGUCGACGUACUAGUCUCACAGGAAGUCCAAGAAAUACAACUGAAUCUGAUAUACAUUUAGAUUUAUAUUCAAGAACAUCUAGUGAUAAUAUGAAUAGAAACGAAAAUAAUGCUAGAUGGGCUUAUCCAUCGCCAAGAUUCUAUGAAAUAGAAAUAUCACGAGCUGAAUAUAGGAAUGGUAACAACUAUGUUAAUCGUCAGAAAAAUCUUGUACAAACAUAUUCAACAUUCAAUGACAAUUAA